GAAAGAAUGAGAACGGGUCUACUCGUAUUAUUUUCUAUAUCCUGUAUAUACACAAUAGAACAUGAUUCGAUAUGUGAUGAUGAAGCUAACUGUCCGGAGCCAACACAUACAGUGAUUCGAUUAGCAAAAAGAGAUGACCGAUUAGCAAGAAGCCUUGCCGAGCAGCAUGGAAUGGUGGUCAGGGGAGAGCCUUUUCUUGACAACCACUAUUUCUUCUAUCAUAAAGAUGGGUCACAUUCUCGUCGGAGGAAACGAGAAGCAGUGGAGAGGCUGGAAUCGCAUCCGGAUGUUGAGUGGAUUUCAGAACAGAGACCUCGCACGCGUCGCAAAAGAGACUAUGUUUAUGACGACAGUACGGUAAGUUCUUCGUUUGCCAAUAACAAACCGACUCGUCAAACAGUCCUGAAACGUCGUCAGGCUGGAUCAGGAGGUCGCGAGAUUCCUCGGUUACCGUUUCCUGAUCCGCUUUAUCCAGACCAAUGGUAUUUGGUUGGCAAGGCCGUCGGCAAUUAUGACAUGAAUGUUCGUGAAGCUUGGAUGCUUGGUUACGCCGGUCGUAACGUAUCGGUUUCCAUUCUAGACGAUGGCAUUCAAAGGAAUCAUCCUGACCUCAUUACGAACUAUGAUCCUUUGGCCAGCACAGAUAUUAAUGAUCAUGACGACGAUCCAACGCCGCAGAAUAAUGGUGACAAUAAACAUGGUACCCGAUGUGCUGGUGAGGUGGCUGCUAUUGCUGGUAACAAGCAUUGUGGUGUCGGAGUUGCAUUCAAAGCGAAGAUCGGAGGGGUCCGAAUGCUGGAUGGAGCAGUGUCAGAUAGUGUGGAAGCCGCUUCACUCUCAUUAAAUCAGGACCACAUCGAUAUCUAUUCUGCAAGUUGGGGACCAGAAGAUGAUGGUAAAACGUUUGACGGCCCUGGACCACUUGCCAGGGAGGCAUUUUAUCGAGGAAUAAAAAAUGGUCGAAGAGGAAAAGGAAACAUCUUUGUAUGGGCCAGCGGAAAUGGAGGAUCGAGGCAAGAUUCGUGCUCGGCUGACGGGUAUACUACAUCUGUGUACACACUUUCGAUUUCAUCUGCAACGUUCGAUAAUCACCGUCCUUGGUAUUUAGAAGAGUGUCCAUCUUCGAUUGCGACCACCUACAGUUCUGCGAAUAUCAACCAACCAGCCAUAGUUACUGUGGAUGUUCCGGCCGGGUGUACAAAUAUGCACACAGGGACGAGUGCUUCCGCACCGUUGGCAGCUGGUAUAAUCGCCCUUGCCCUAGAAGCAAAUCCUGACUUGACAUGGCGUGAUAUGCAACAUAUCGUAUUGAGGACUGCUAACCCCACUCCUCUUUUGGGAAAUCCUGGUUGGUCACGAAACGGUGUUGGAAGGAUGAUUAGUAAUAAAUUCGGUUAUGGCUUAAUGGAUGGUGGAGCUCUUGUAAAGUUGGCCAGUAAGUGGAAAACGGUGCCUGAGCAACACAUUUGUACUUAUGAAUAUAAGUUAGCUGCCCCAAACCCUCGUCCGAUCAGCGGUCGUUUUCAAAUGAAUUUUUCGUUGGAAGUUAAUGGUUGUGAAUCUGGAACUCCUGUGCUGUAUUUGGAACAUGUUCAAGUGCACACAACUGUGCGGUAUUCGAAGCGAGGUGAUUUAAAACUCACUCUUUUUUCUCCUUCGAACACUAGAUCGGUUUUGUUGCCUCCUAGACCGACUUCAACAGUAAUGGGUUUCAUAAGUGGCCUUUCCUAUCGGUACAACAAUGGGGAGAAGAUCCUCCUACUGGUAAAUUUUUGUUUUAAGCCUUUGGUGAGAGAAAUUUCAGGUACGUUUCACGACUGGACAUUGCUACUGUAUGGUACGGCUGAACCAGCACAGCCUGGUGACCAAAUUCAUCCGCCAACCCCCCUACCUUCGCAGUCGGUGCUUGGUCGGAUACAGCAAUUAACUAGCCAGGUUAGACCAGUUUCAUUCGGAGAUCUUCAGUCGGUCGGUGACUGCCAUCCGGAAUGCGAUGGUGGAUGUUCGGAGAGUGGUUCGGCGGUCGCGUGCUUUCGAUGCAAACAUUUCACACAGACUCUUCGAAAUAAGGCCGGAAAUGGCUUCAAAUGUGUAUCGCAUUGUGAUGACGCAUUCUAUUUGGAUGGUGGAAAUUGUAAGAUGUGCUCUCCGCAUUGUCAUUCAUGCAAACAAGCUGAGGUUUGUGAAACGUGUCCAGGAGCUCAGCUCUUAGUCGAUGUGGCUCAUUCGCCUCAACAUGGGAAGUGUGUCGAUGCUUGCGGAGAGGGUCAAGUUCCAGAUUACGAAUCAAAUCUGGUUCAAGCCCGUUGCGUGCUUCGAGCUGACCGAUGCGGAGUGGGUUACUACCUCAAUCCGUUCGGAAAGUGCACUCAAUGCGAUGAAUCCUGCAUGACAUGUCAUGGUCCAGGCGCAUUUGGAUGUGAUAGCUGUGCAGAGGGCUAUGGAAAUCGUUCCACAGGCUAUUGUAAGCCGUGUUGUAGAUUUGGAGAAUCUUCUGAGAAUUAUCGAUGUGGUAUGCCUUUUUUCUCCUCCUUCUCUGUAUCUUUUGAGAUUUCAGUUCAGCACAUUGGAUAUUCUACCUAA